GUUAAAUAUUGGGGGCUAAGGCAAGAGCUUCACUUGCCUUACCCUAUCAAGUUUCUUGAAGUGUCAAAUUUCGCUCGUCUUCUCUGGCGAAGUUGAUACUACUUGCUGCCCCUUUUUCAUCGGCAGUGAUUUCUCCGGCGUAAUUGACUUAUCGCUUGUGUUUCGGGGUUCGUGAUCGUGCACCAUAGACUAGAUCUCGCUACUAUGGCAUCUCUCUCAUGGUGGAAUCCUGCUCCUGCCACGACAGCAAUGACAGCUUGUUCUCCAACUCCGACGUCCUGUAAAACCUCUAACUCAUUAGCACUGCCACGCCCUGUGUUUGUCAGCAAGCAGGCAAAGUUAAUGAAACAAGCCAAGGGUCUUUUGGUUAAAACAAGGCAACAGUCAAAUAAAAAGAAUCAUUCAUUCACCAAUUCCAGAAGUAAUACCAGCAUUCAGUGUCUCUCACAGGAACAGAAAUGGACUCAUGAAGGUUCCAUUACCGAGUCUCUCCCUAAUGGCAUGUUUAGGGUCAAGUUGGAUAAUGCAGAUGUGGUUCUGGGAUACAUUUCUGGGAAGAUACGAAAGAAUUUCAUACGAUUGCUACCAGGAGACAGAGUCAAAAUUGAAGUAAGUCGGUAUGAUUCCACUAAGGGACGCAUCAUUUAUCGUCUCCGUGGUGGUCGAGAAGGCUAGGAGUCAGUGGUGGUGGAAGGCUGUUUUGUAAGUGUCCAUCUUGGCUGAUGAACCACCAUUCACCUGUUCCUGCCCUUGCUUAUGAGAAGAGAACCGAGAAUGUAUAUUCAUAUACUUGGAUAUUCAUAGGCAUUUACUUUUGUUCUUGAUGUUUAUGUUUUGAUAGUAAACUAAGUCUGGAAAAGAAAAACUUGUGUAUCUUCUGGCUAUUCUCUUGAUUGUUUAUUGGCAAUUUAGGAAUCAUCUUGCAUGGAAAUAACUGAAUGUUAGUAUAUGUUAUUAUAGUA